CUCACGGUAGCCGCCCGCCAGCCCGCUGCUCGGCGCUCCAGCGAGCGCUCCGGCCCCGCGCCCCCAACGGCCCCCAACUGCCGCCAGUCCCGAGGGCGCCAUGAGGAGCCCGCGCAGCGCCCCGCUGCUGCUCCUGCUCCUGCUGCCGCUGCUGCUGCUCACGCCUCCCGCCGGGGACGCCGCCGUCAUCACCGGGGCUUGCGAAAAGGACCCCCAAUGUGGUGGAGGCAUGUGCUGUGCUGUCAGUAUUUGGGUUAAGAGCAUAAGGAUUUGCACACCGAUGGGCAAAGUGGGAGAGAGCUGCCAUCCACUGACUCGUAAAGUUCCCUUCCUGGGGCGGAGGAUGCAUCACACGUGUCCAUGUAUGCCGGGCCUGGCCUGUUUACGGGCUUCAUUCAACCGAUUUGUUUGUUUAACCCGAAAGUAAUCACUUUAGAGUAGAAACUUUAAAUGUGAACAGCCACAUGAUACCUGUUAAGUCUAUUUACUUGUGAUUGUGCCAAACAAAUAAUAUGCCAGAGAAAAAUGCUAUUGCUUUCUCAGCUUUCUAAGUAACAUUUCUAUCUUUGAUUUUUAAAUGACCUCUUUUAUUUGAAAGAGGAUUUUCAUGUAGGAUAGAAGCGUAACGUCACGUGCAAGGCAUUAUGGAACCGGUUCUCAUUUCCUUGUUUGUGUUUUGAUUUGGUUUGGUUUUCUUUAUGCCAAUAACUCAUCCAUUUUCACAAAAAUUAGGAGAAUAAGAAUUUAAUAUUUUGUUACAGAAACUUUAUUUCUUAAACCAUCCACCUCCCAUCCCUGCUCCACUGCACACAUAAUCUUAUUCACCCUUUGGUCUCUUGUGUCUCAUCAAAGAAUUUUAAGGACCUCAUUUUAUUCUUUGCCAUUUUUCUCCCUGCCCCUCUGGCAUUUUAAAGGGGGUGGGGGGAGGGGUCGUUCAAUUCCUUUAGGUUGCUGACAGAAUCACUGAUGAGAAUCCAGCGUUUUGCCUGAUACUUAAACAGUGUAAAGAGUGUGUAGUUGAACUGGACACUCCAAACUUCUCUUAUAAGGAACAGAGGUUGGAGGGCUGCUAAACUUUCAUUUAAUCUGUCUGUGCAAGUGGACUUCAGGUUUGCUGUUUGGUGUGAGGACAGAAGGAAUGGAAAGUCAAUUUAGUCCAGAUUUGUAGAUUUGGGUUUUAUUUUACAAAAAGACUUUCCAAUACAAUAUUACAUUUGUUUCCCUUUUUAUACAGUUAAUUUUUGUAAAAAAAAGAUUCAUAGUUAGAGAUGUUCCAGAAAAUGUCACUUGAAGAGGAAGUAUUGAUUUUAAUCUGGCAUAGCACAUUUUUAAAUCGGUAUUGUUGUAAUUUAAACUUUAUUUGUAACCAAAAGAUCUAUUGUAAUGGAUUGCUUGGCAUCCUGCCAUUUGUACCUGUAUCAAUAUUGCUGUGUAAAAUUCUGUAUCAGAAUAAUUACAGUAUUGUAUAUCAUUUGAUUUAUUUUAAUAUAUCCUUAUUUUUGUCACAGUUGUCUUCAAUUUUUAUUACAAGCAGAGUUUUAUAUAGCCCAAUCCUAAAAUGGGUAAAGACUCUUCAGUUAGUAAAAUAGCACUGACAGUAUGUGCAUUUUCAUUUUACACAUGGGAAAGUUCUGUUUGCAUGAAUUUUAAGGUAGUACAAAAAAAACAGUGUGUAAAUCGAUGAGGUAUUGGAGUAUGAAGGAAAAUGAUGACAUGCAAAACUGGCUGGAAUCAGGAAUGGACUCGUGGGACCUCACUGUGCUGGGUCAGCAAACAGUAAUGGUGUGUCCAUCGUGGGUGGGUACACAGGGUGCCAGGUGCCCACUGCACAUGUGGUGACACCAGUGGAGCCUGGCCUUGAAAACCCACCAAGUGUUGUAAAUGGAUUCAAUGUCGCAA